AGCCGCGUCGGUUGAGGAAAAACGGCCUUGGACUAAUCGGAGCGGCGGAUAAUCACACCUUCUACCCACGUCGUCUCUAUGGUGCGCGCCACUUCCUUGUUUCCCUGGGAGAGGGCCGGAAGCAGGAAGUAGCGCGUGGAUGGGAGGACUUGGUGCCGCUGGCCGGAGAUGGGACUGUUCGGGAAGACCCAGGAGAAGCCGCCCAAGGAGCUGGUAAAGGCCGCUUGGAGGGAGGGAGAGGCUGGGAGAAGGGGCAGACUUUGGGAAUAGGGCGCCCUGAGCGAGGACAAAGUUUGGCCUCUAUUCUACUAAAUACGGUAUUUCUUAUUUCCACAAUAAUUCCUUUUGGCACAGUUUAGAAAUAUGGGCAUUAUUAUUAUUAUUAUUACUAUUAUUAUUAUUUGCCCCCUCGGCGCCUUGUGAGCUCGACGCUCCCGAAAUCCGGCGCUGCUGGGAUGAGCCGAGGCAGGAGUUUAAUUUUUUAAAUUUAUUUUUAAAUAAGAAUUUAUAAUAAGAAUUUAUUAUUUAAACCCCGCCCAUCUGGCUGGGUUUCCUCAGCCAUUGCAGUGAUACCUCAGGUUACAUACGCUUCAGGUUACAGCCUCCGCUAACCCAGAAAUAGUACCUUAGGUUAAGAACUUUGCUUCAGGAUGAGAACAGAAAUCGCGCGGCAGCAGCGGGAGGCCCCAUUAACUAAAGUGGUGCUUCAGGUUAAGUCCAUUUUCAGGUUAAGAACAGACCUCCAGAAUGAAUUAAGUACGUAACCAGAGGUACCACUGUAUUCAUUUAUUACGUUCACAUGCCACCUUUAUCUUCGAAGGAGCUGAAGGUGUGGUGUAUGUGGUUCUCCUCCCCAUUUCACCCCCACAACAACCCUGUGAAGUAGGUCAGGCUAAGACAUGGGUAGGCAAACUAAGGCCCGGGGGCGGAUCCGUGUAUUUUUACAUGAGUAGAAUGUGUGCUUUUAUUUAAAAUGCAUCUCUGGGUCAUUUGUGGGGCAUAGGAAUUCGUCGUUGUUGUUUUUUUUUUCAAAAUAUAGUCCAGCCCCCCACAAGGUCUGAGGGACAGUGGACCGGCCCCCUGCUGAAAAAGUUUGCUGACCCCUGAGCUAAGAGAUGGUGACUGGCUUCCAAGGAGCUUCAUGGGUCGGGUGGGGGUUUGAACCCUGCUCUCCCAGAUCCUUGCCCGAUGACACUCAUAACCAUUACACCACACUGAGGAGAAGCCGGGAUGAGGAUGGGCGUAGGGUUUGCACCUGCCUGACAGGGAUCGGUUGAGUAGCUGACACACCUCCUGCAAGGCUGGGCUUCAAGCCCCAUGUCGAGCAAGGGCUUGCAUGAUUCACAGAACUGCAGAACUGGAAGGGAUUCUGGCUGUGGUGGGGCGGGUGUCAUCCAGCCCAACCCCCUUGCAGUGCAGGAAUCUCAGCCAAUUUCCAGUCCCAUAUGACAUAAAACACAGGGCGGGCACCACUGAAAUCAAAGGGGCUUCAUUUAGUCUUAAGUAGAUAUGGUUGGGACGCGGGUGGUGCUGUGACUUAAACCACAGAGCCUAGGACUUGCCGAUUAGAAGGUCGGCGGUUCGAAUCCCCGCGACAGCGUGAGCUCCCGUUGCUCGGUCCCUGCUCCUGUCAACCUAGCAGUUCGAAAGCACGUCAUAGUGCAAGUAGAUAAAUAGGUACUGCUCCGGCGGGAAGGUAAACGGCGUUUCCAUGCGCUGCUCUGGUUCGCCAGAAGCGGCUUAGUCAUGCUGGCCACAUGACCCGGAAGCUGUAUGCCAGCUCCCUCGGCCAAUAAAGCGAGAUGAGCGCCGCAACCCCAGAGUCGGCCACGACUGGACCUAAUGGUCAGGGGUCCCUUUUCCUUUACCUUUAGAUGUGGUUAGGAUGACACUGUUAAGUCAUUAUCAACUGAAGUCCCAUUGAUUUCAACGGGUCUUCUCUAAGAAUGACUGGCUGCUGUUCCCAGAUGCUAAAAGUAGCAGAUUCAGCGUCUCAUCACUUGGCACUGCAGUAGGUUGGCUACUUAUUGAAUGUGGAAGUUUGGUCAUCCCAGAUUAAAAUAUAAGAGCCCUGCUGAGAUAAAGCAAAGGUCCAUCUAGUGCAGCGUCCUGUUUGAAGGCAAUACCACUCUUCCAUUGAUGCUUCUCAGCAGUCGGUACAAACGUGUGUGUGUGUUUGUUUUUUCACCUGUGUUUUAUACUGUUCUUUUUUAUCUAUAAACCGCCUUGAGUCCGUGUCAAGGAAAAAGGCAGGGUGCAAACAAAUGAAUAAUGAUAGUAAUAAGUUUUGCAGGAUGAAUGGCAAAAUCCAUGCAACACUGGAGAAGCUUGAAGGAUCCUCAAUCACCCCACCCCACAUUGCCAGGUUAACUCGAGAGAUCGGAGAGCAUACAUAUCCCUGGUUGUCUUCUAACAUAAUAAGUGAACCUAUUGAAAUUAAUGGGCAUGUCUAACAGGGGUCCAUUAAUUACAGUGGGUCUACUCUGAGUAAAGGGCCACAGGUGGCACUGUGGGUUAAACCACAGAGCCUAGGACUUGCCGAUCAGAAGGUCAGCGGUUUGAAUCCCCGCGACAGAGUGAGCUCCCGUUGCUCAGUUCCUGCUCCUGCCAACCUAGCAGUUCGAAAGCUCGUCAAAGUGCAAGUAGAUAAAUAGGUACCACUCCGGCAGGAAGGUAAACGGCGUUUCCGUGCGCUGCUCUGGUUCGCCAGAAGCGGCUUAGUCAUGCUGGCCACAUGACCCAGAAGCUGUACGCCGGCUCCCUCGGCCAAUAAAGCGAGAUGAGCGCCACAACCCCAGAGUCAGCCACGACUGGACCUAAUGGUCAGGGGUCCCUUUACCUUACUCUGAGUAAACGUUAGUUGAUUACAGCCACAAAUGUGUUGAUAAUUCCAAAUUUCUUCAAGUAAUGUUUCACAUUUGUCUACAUUAGGCUCACCAUAUACAGAGUUGCUCAUUUGCCUUUAUUAAAAUCCUCUCUCAAGUUGUCCAUCAGUAAUGGGUACGUGUCAGUCAGUUUGACUAACGGACUAAUAAUCGAAAGCCCUGACCCACAGAUACUUGUUCUCAGGAACCGGCUACAUGUUGCAGCUUUAUAUCAGGAUCUAUGGGCAUGAUCAAUACUAUCAGUUGCCCUGGGUUCAAUGACCCCUAUCCAAACAGCACUGAUCAACUAGCUGGGCCACAUCUGCAACCUCUGGGCAGGGCACAGUUUCAAAUCUCCUAUCUUUCUUUUUCAGGUCAAUGAGUGGUCAUUGAAGAUACGAAAAGAAAUGAGGGUGAUUGAUAGACAGAUUAGAGGUCUGUAUUCUCUUGGGUUUUCUCUGAAUUGCUCUUCUUUCAGAUACCCCAAAUAAACACCAGUAAGAUUUUAAAUGUUUUUAAUAAACUUCAGCAUAUAGAACACAAUUAAAUGGUGUAUAGCUUUAUGCCCAGACACAGCUCUGAUGACAUCUAGGAGCUGCUUGUAUGGUGUGGGUUCUGCUUUUGUAUGGUUGGAUCCCACAGCAAAUGGUUAACAUAUCAGUGGGGAACUAUGCUAUAUAGCUAUUUAUUAUUCCACACACCAGCACACUUCCUUUGACGGAGGGCUCCCUGAUUCGAAUGUUCCCAGUGCAACCUGUGACCCAGUUAAAGGAGCCAACUCCUAGGGAUUGAGGGCCCUUGCCCCCCUAAAAUAUUUGAGGGGCCGGGCCCCCCAAAAUUGGUAGGCAUUGCCAUUCAAAUCGUGUACGUGUGCCGCGUCAUGCGAUUGAUUAUGUGGAGUGGGGCUUACCUGCCCCCACCCCAUUUUAUUCAAGUUGGCACUCCUGGACCCAAUAAUGCAAAAAUCAGCACCCAAACUGUGCUGGCCUUUAUCAGACAGCCCAUGGUGGCUUCUGCAGUGACCACUAACUUCAUCUGCAAGGGAUUAGAAGAUGUUUGUUCUUUGCUUGGGAAAUAUGAGGGAGGGGGGCUUAUAUCAAGAGGAAACAUCAGUCAAAGCAGUGUUUGUAUGUGGGAUCUGAAUAUCAGUUUAAAGUUCAUGUGGGAUAGGCCUUAUGGGGCUGUUGUUUUGACCUCAGGUGGACCCUAAUUGCUUUCUUGGUGAUUCCGUUACAUUUCCUUGGAACUGGAAAUGAAGGCACAGAGGAAGCAAGCUUCGAGAUUUCAGUGCAGGCACCCCCUGCCAGAAAUACUCAGGGCACCAUCCUCUAGAAAGUUCUCCUGUGCGAGCCCCUUUGAAAUGAAUGCAGGCUGUGCCAGCACUCAGCUCCCAUUCAUUGGAGUGGCACUUUUGCAGGGGAAUUUCCUGGUGGCCCUUUGUAUGGAAGGUUUUUAGUUAACUGGGCUUGAAAUAUUUAAAAUGGAAGCAGCUGCCAGAAGGAACCUUUACACAAAGCUACAUGUAUAACAAGUUAUCCAAGCCUUUCAAUAAGGAAAUGUAUACGAAGUUGUCGUAACUGUCCCCCAAUGGUUGCAAACAUAUCAUUAGCAUGGUUUACUAGUACAGUCGUCCCUUGGUUCUCGAACGCCUUGGUACUCGUACACUUUGGCUCCUGAACGCCGAAAAUCUGGAAGUAAGUGUUCUGGUUUUCGAACGUUUUUCGUCCGACGCGGCUUCCGCUUGAGUGCGGGAAGCUCCUGCAGCCAAUCGGAAGCUGCGCCUUGGUUUUAGAACGUUUCGGAAGUCGAACGGACUUCCAGAAUGGAUUUCGUCCAAGAGCCAAGGUACGACUAGUUACUUGAAUGAUGCUCUACCCACAAAUCACCUCUCUAAGAGCCCUUCCUCUUCAGUUGAAUUCCUCCCAUCACACAGUGCAAGCAAGUGUAAUGUGGGUUAUUUAUUGUUUGACAUUUGUAAUAAAAUAAAAUAUAAAAAUGUCAUUUUCUACCCCAAGCUGUUCAUUGGAAGGAAUAAUUUUCAGCAACUGAUGCUGAGUAUAUUAUACUAAGAUUGGAACUUACAUCUGUCAAGUAGGAAAUACUGAUUGACUUACAAUCCAAGAAAGGCAUAGGCAAACUCGGCCCGCCAGAUGUUUUGGGACUACAACUCCCAUGAUCCCUAGCUAACAGGACCAGUGGUCAGGGAUGAUGGGAAUUGUAGUCCCAAAACAUCCUGGAGGGCCGAGUUUGCCUAUGCCUGAUCCGAGACACAGUUCACUCAGAGGUUUGGAGCUCCCAUUUGAGGUCAAGGACAAGACAGGUAGAACCUUAGCAGCUAUCAAAUUUUGGUUAGCUUCUGUAAUCUGCCCCAGAUGAGAGCAGCCAAUAUAUGCAUAUUCUCAGAGCCCCCCAAACAUUGUCUUUCAUUCAGAAAAGUCUUCUUAAGUCUGUGGCCGCUAGUAUAGGGGGACUGAGGUGACAGGUGAGCCCCAUUCUUUCUCUCCUAUGUAGUAUUCACACGCCAAGGAAAAUCGCGGCUCAUUUUUAAAGCCCUGAGCUUCCGCCAUCGCCAUUUACUCUUGUUUGCAUUGUAGAUAUUCAGCGAGAAGAGGAAAAGGUAAAAAGAUCCAUCAAAGAUGCCGCCAAAAAGGGUCAGAAAGACGUUUGCGUGGUCCUGGCAAAGGAGAUGAUUCGUUCGCGGAAAGCUGUGAGCAAACUCUACGCCUCCAAAGCCCACAUGAAUUCAGUGCUGAUGGGGAUGAAGAAUCAGCUGGGUAAGGAGUCAUGGUGGAACAAAAUGGUUACUUAAAUUUCUCUUCCACCAAAUCAGACAGGCAACUGAAUACAAAAGAAAGCUAUCCUCUAUCUAUCUAUCUAUCUAUCUAGGAUCUUAUUCUUUUGGUACUGCUCUAACCACAUGAAAGGGUAGCAGUGGGUUAGGAAAUAACCAUGCAAUAGGCUUUGUCCACCAAGCUGUGUUUUUCAGCUAUACAGUGGUACCUCGGGUUACAUACGCUUCAGGUUACAUACGCUUCAGGUUACAGACUCCGCUAACCCAGAAAUAGUACCUCGGGUUAAGAACUUUGCUUCAGGAUGAGAACAGAAAUCGUGCUCCGGUGGCGCAGCAGCAGCAGGAGGCCCCAUUAGCUAAAGUGGUGCUUCAGGUUAAGAACAGUUUCAGGUUAAGAACGGACCUCCGGAACGAAUUAAGUACUUAACCCGAGGUAACACUGUAUUCCCCUGCAGCAUACUGUAGGCUCACAGCUUGCAGAAGCUCUUCUCACACUGCUAGGUGCAUGUGCAAAGGGGGCCUUGGACAAACAUUUAUCCAGAAUUCUCCCACCUCAAGCAAUCCGGGCUGAAGCUGAGCUGUGGUGCAAUGCUGCAACAGUCUUCCUCUCCCGUAGAAGACUGUGGAAUAAAAUGACGCUUGGAAAUUGAGGCUUUGAACCUCAUUAGACCAAAUGAGCAUAAAAUGAUCAAGGGUCAGCAAUACAGAAAGAAAUAGAAGACUGUUGUGAAGACUAAACAGUUGUAGGACUAAACAGUUCACACCAUAGAUUUAUGUUUAUGCUGGGCUGUAGCAAUAGUAAUAAUAAUAAUAAUUUUUUUUUAUUUAUACCCCGCCCAUCUGGCUGGGCUUCCCCAGCCACUCUGGGCGGCUUUCAACAAAAUAUUAGAAUACAGUAAUGCAUCAAACAUUAAAAUCUUCCCUAAACAGGGCUGCCUUCAGAUGUCUUCUAAAAGUCUGGUAGUUGUUGUUCUCUUUGAUAUCUGGUGGGAGGGCGUUCCACAGGGCGAGUGCCUGGUUCUCUGUAACUUGGCUUCUCGCAGUAAGGGAACCGCCAGAAGGCCCUUGGCGCUGGACCUCAGUGUCUGGGCAGAACGAUGGGGAUGGAGACGCUCCUUCAGGUAUACUGGACCAAGGCCGUUUAGGGCUUUAAAGGUCAGCACCAACCCUUUGAAUUGUGCUCGGAAACGUACUGGGAGCCAAUGUAGGUCUUUCAAGACCAGUGUUAUGUGGUCUUGGCGACCGCUCCCAGUCACCAGUCUGGCUGCCGCAUUCUGGAUUGGUUGUAGUUUCCAGGUCACCUUCAAAGGUAGCCCCACAAAGGUAGCAAAGGUCAGUAAUGUUUGAAUAAAGAAGCAAGUUGUAGGAAAGUACACCUCUUUUUUCCACAUGAUAGCAGUAUGCAACCCAGGACUUCCCAUUUAGAAAAGCGCUCUCCCAAAAGUCUUCCACCUUGCUACACAUUUGAGGUCUGUGGAGCUUUGGAAGGUAACUAAGGUUUUGUAGAGGAUGAGCACUUUUCCUUGCAGUUCGGUGGCGUUCUGCGUGAACCUCAACUUGUAGCUUAUGUCACUCCAAAUAAACAAAGAGCUAGGGAGGCAAACCACGAGAUCAGGUUUGCAUGCAAGGCUAGGCCAUACAUAGCUUGGUUCUGGCGGCGGCAGGACCAGGGUGGAGCAAAGUGACUGUGAUCUUUUGCUCCAGGCACCCACCUGCUUCCUCAUUCUUGCAGUGUUAUGUACAAAUAAAGCCACCAUUGGAUACAGUGCCAUGUGAUAUUGCCUUCUUGUGGUUUAAUCGUCACAGGUUGGUUUGUUUUUUUAACAAAAAUCAAGCGGCCUUGGAAGGAUUUGUAUACAGUGGUACCUCAGGUUACAUACGCUUCAGGUUACAGACUCCGCUAACCCAGAAAUAGUGCUUCAGGUUAAGAACUUUGCUUCAGGAUGAGAACAGAAAUCGUGCUCCGGCGGCGCGGCAGCAGCAGGAGGCCCCACUAGCUAAAGUGGUGUUUCAGGUUAAGAACAGUUUCAGGUUAAGAACAGACCUCCGGAACGAAUUAAGUACCGUAUUUUUCUCUCUAUAAGAUGCACAAGACGCACCUAGUUUUUGGAGGAGGAAAACAAGAAAAAAAAUUCUGAAUCUCAGAAGCCAGAAUGGCAAGAGGGAUCCCUCUUGCUGUUCUGGCUUCUGUGACAGCUGCGCAGCCUGCAUUCGCUCCAUAAGAUGCACACACACCUUUUUAGGAGGGAAAAAGUGAGUCUUAUAGAGCAAAAAAUACAGUACUUAACCCGAGGUACCACUGUACUUGAAUGCGUCACAAGCAAGAUGCUGGACCAGAUAAUCCUUGAUGUAACAUUGCAGGUAUGAUCACAUCCUUAUCCUAGAAAAUCUUUGGGGGUCUUUUUCAGAAGCGGAAAGGAAAAGAAUACUGUGUUCUUUAUGAACACUCGUUAGUGUUGGGUUUUUAUAAGUUAUCAGGUUGAGAGAAAAGAUGGACAUCUUGUAAUCUUAGGUACCCUCAACUCCCCUCUGAAUUGAAUAGGAACCUUGAUCUGGUGGCAGGGAACAGCCCAAGCUGAUGUUCUGCUGGUCUGAAUUUGAUCUAAAGUCUUCCAUGCCUUCUCUUGGCAGCUGUCCUGAGAGUGGCUGGCUCAUUACAAAAGAGCUCAGAAGUAAUGAAAGCCAUGCAAAACUUAGUAAAGAUCCCUGAAAUCCAGGCUACAAUGCGGGAGUUGUCCAAAGAAAUGAUGAAGGUAAGGUUACUCUCUUAAUUCUUUGUUGUAUGAUCUGGCUGUGUAAAAUGGUAGCAAGGAAAGCAGUCUAGCAUGUAAGAGAUAGUACCUGCUUCAGAUCACUGUUACCCUGUUGCCUUGUUUGUUGAUCUCCUGGCUCCUGCCUUCUCUUUGCCAGAUGAGGCCACUUGAACAUCAGUCCAAAGGAGAUCAGUUGUCAAACUUUCCUUGUCUCUCUGGAUUUAUUUAUUUAUUUAGCUUCAUGCAAUUGUUUGUUGAGACAGUCCAAGCUGUGGCUGAAAACUAGGGCCCAAUUUCCAGGUCUACAGGUGUAUGAUCCUGGUCUGUAUAUACAAAUAACUUAAUUUUCCAUCAUCUACAUUUUCUUUAGGCAGGUAUUAUUGAAGACAUGCUGGAGGAUACUUUUGAAGGUAUGGAAGACCAAGAAGAGAUGGAAGAGGAAGCAGAAAUGGAGAUCGACAAAAUUUUGUUUGACCUUACAGCUGGUGAGUGGAAGUGUGCACAAGUGUCUAUAGAUAAACGUAUGUGCCAUGUCCUACUUUUUAUUGUUGGCAAAACUGGCCACCUUCAUUUGCAGCGCCAGCUCUCCUGUAAUAUUAAAUGGAAGCUUGACUGAACAGGUGUUGCUGAGCAAAUGAAACCCUGGAGUUAUAUGCCACAGCUUUUAAGCAUUCUCUUGAGUCUUUGUUAUGUUUCAGGAAGUGAAGUUAAAUGGCUGUUUCGUCUUCUGGUUCUCCCACCUAGUCCACUGGUGGGGAACCUCCAAACCAUGGGCCUAACUAGGCUAGACAGCUGUCCAAAUUUAGCUCACAAGGCUGUUUUCCAGACACCAUAUAUGUGUAUGUAGGGUAGAUAAAGACCUGGCAGCAAAUAAACAAUUGGGAGUCUUGAAGUGCACUCCCAAUGGUUCCUUGGCCAGCAUGUCUUGUAUUUGCUUGUAUUUGCACUGCCUUCCCAAAGCCGGGAAGGAGAUAUGGGGGCUAUGACAGGGUCCUAGAGUCCUCCUGUCUCCUUCCCAAACCCUAGUUAGCACUUUCCCAGCUUUCGGAAGGAGAUGGGAGGGCCCUAGGACCCUACCAGAGGGGACGCGGGUGGCGCUGUGGGUUAAACCACAGAGCCUAGGACUUGCUGAUCAGAAGGUCGGCGGUUCGAAUCCCCGCGACGGGGUGAGCUCCCGUUGUUCAGUCCCAGCUCCUGCCCACCUAGCAGUUCAAAAGGACGUCAAAGUGCAAGUAGAUAAAUAGGUACCGCUCUGUCGGGAAGGUAAACGGCGUUUCCGUGCGCUGCUCUGGUUCGCCAGAAGUGGCUUAGUCAUGCUGGCCACAUGACCCAGAAGCUGUACGCCGGCUCCCUCGGCCAAUAAAGCGAGAUGAGCGCCGCAACCCCAGAGUCAGUCACGACUGGACCUAAUGGUCAGGGGUCCCUUUACCCUUUACCUUUAGGACCCUACCAGAGCCUUGCACCUCCUUCCCAAAGCCCAGCGCCUUGCUUACCCAACUUUGGGGGGGCUGAGUGAUGGGUGUCAGAUGUUGGCCUUGCUCUCCCCUCCACCUCCCACACGACAAGACAGUGUGCUGCCUGUGGGUUCCAGGUUGAAGUGCUCUUGCGGCCCACUUGGUAUGAAAAGUUGGACCCUUGGCAAAGUUUUGUGGUAGACAGGAUGAUGAAGAAGCUUAAUCUGGUUCUGCUGCCAUGGCCGAUCCUUGUCGGCUAGGGUUGGGUCUUCUUCAGUCCUUCCCUUAACAGUGGUGGAGCCUAUUGAAACAACCUACCUCUGAAGACUGACAGAUCCACAUGGUUUACUGAGAAGGAAUCCGUUGGCUGAGAGAGAAUCUGCUGUGUCUGGCCAGUUCUAUUAGAUGCCUUGCUCAGCCUCUAGACUGAGGGAAUGGCCUGAGUGGUUGAUAGCUAUCAUGCCUGAAUUCUCCCUGAUUCUCCAGAGAGCUCAGAGCAAUGAGAAAGCAGAGCCCAUUUUAGGGACUCCGUCAUGGCGGCACAGAAACUUUCAGGAGCUCGUCCUACACUCGAGUAGGACCCUGGCAGAGACACAUGCCCAACUGGCAUGUUCUCUCCCUCCUGGUCUUUCAUUCGGGGGCUUCAAAAGCUUUCCUCUGCUCAAACAUCACAGCGACCGAUGCCAACAGACAUUGGCACACUUAGGGAUCUGCAGAGUCUUCGCAGCUAGCGUGACAGACCUCAGCAAAUCAGCAUUUUGGCUAAUCUACUUUAUUUACAUAUAAACACACACGGAGCACUGCAACAUGGCUCCCUCUCUCUCUAGCAUCAGACAGCAAAGAGAGAAAGAACAAAUGACAAUGACAAUAGUCCCACUUCACGGAACACAGUAACACAAACAUCUUGUCUCCGUCACUUCCCACUCCAUGGAGUCAAAACAUAUACCGUCAUGUGAUAGACAAAAAUCCCAUGACUGCAGUCAUGGAGCAGGAAUUCUAACAGAAACUUCAUUUUCUCCCUGUCAUUGCGUCAUUCAGAACUGUCAAGCAAGCAGAGCUCUUCUAAGCGGGGCAAGACUGUUAAUAUUUUGGUCCUCGGGGAGGGGAUGAGGCCCUGUCAGUGGUUUCUGUGACUUAUUUGCAGUUUGUGAUUGCAAUCACUCACACCUACCGUAUUUUUCGUCCCAUAGGGCGCACUGGCCCAUAGGACGCACCUAGUUUUUUGGGGGGGAAAUAGAGGAAAUUUCUCCCCCUUUAUUUCCCCCCCAAAACCAGGUCGGGGAAUCCAAACCAGGUCAGGGAACAGCGGGAUGGCGGCGCUCCGCCUCCCCGCUGUCCCCCAAGCUUGUGGGGCUGGUGCUGGGGAGAAGUGCACUUCUCCCCAGCGCCAGCCUCCAAACCAGGUCGGGGAACGGGGAAGGCGCGCUGCGCCUCCCCGCUGUCCCCCGAGCUUGUGGGCUGCCCGAUAUCUGCACGAAGCCCGGGGCGCAGGGUUGCUUCGGGAUGCAGGCUGCUAUCCGCAAGCCUUGGGAGCCCGACGGGAACUCCCGCGGAGCUCCCAAGGCUUGCGGAGAGCUUCUUGAAGCCUGGAGAGCGAGAGGGGUCGCUCUCCACGCUUCACCGAAAGCCUGCAUUCGCCCCAUAGGACGCACACACAUUUCCCCUUCAUUUUUGGAGGGGGAAAAGUGCAUCCUAUAGGGCGAAAAAUACGGUAAUCCCACCCUGCUUAGAAUUCUGGGAUUGUUCUGGGUUGAGCCUUUAUAUUUUGGCACUGCUUUUUCAACUGCAAGUGUGCUUUGCCUUUUCUUGCAGGAGCCUUGGGUAAAGCGCCCAGUAAGGUCACCGACGCCCUGCCAGAACAUGAGCCCGAAGGGGCUACAGCAGCUGUUGUUGAUGAAGAUGAAGAAGAAGAUAUUGAAGCAAUGCAGUCGCGGUUAGCGACUCUCCGUAGCUAAAUGUAGACUGGCUUUGCAGUUUGGUGCAUUUUUCCACAGGCUGCCCUGUCAUGCCUUUUAACAGUGCAAAACUUCAUGCAAAAGUCUUUCCUGUAUAUAUUCCUAUAUCUAUUUUUUUGUGGGUUUGCCUUCAGAGAUAUUAUUUUUAACUUUUCUGUCAACCUAUGCCCAACACCAAACCGCUCUUGGGGAAUGGAGAAGGGAUGGCAUAUGUAUUCUCAAACAAAAAAUAAAAUAAAAACCUAUUUGAACAAGCUUGUGCUUUACGUACUGUCUUCUGCGGGCUGUACCUGCAACAACAGCAUUAUGUACAUUUCUGAAACAGUAUGACUAGAUUUUAAUAAACAGUUUUUAACACUUUCCUGCAG